AUGGAUCAAGCAGAGCUUUGCCGGAUAUUUCAAAUGUUCGACAGGAACGGUGACGGCAAAAUCACCAAGCAAGAGCUGAAUGAUUCGUUGGAGAAUCUCGGAAUCUACAUCCCAGACAAAGACUUGGUGCAGAUGAUUGAGAAGAUUGACCUCAACGGAGACGGGUACGUAGACAUCGAAGAGUUUGGAGGGCUGUACGAGACGAUCAUGGAGGAGAGAGACGAGGAGGAAGACAUGAUAGAGGCUUUCAAUGUGUUUGAUCAGAACCGGGACGGGUUCAUCACGGUUGAAGAGCUGAGAUCCGUGUUAGCUUCCUUGGGGCUCAAGCAAGGAAGAACCCUAGAGGAUUGCAAGAGGAUGAUAAGCAAAGUGGACGUUGAUGGAGACGGGAUGGUGAAUUUCAAGGAGUUUAAGCAAAUGAUGAAAGGUGGUGGAUUUGCCGCCUUAGUCGUCGUCACUAACUUCAGUUUCAGAGAUCAUCAUCGCUUCCUCUCUCGAAGAAUCACACUUUGGAGUUUUCUAAUCUUCCAUCGAAUGGAAGAGAGCUCUUUACGCGAAGUCGUUGUAGAGAUGAUGACGGAGAAUUCAGAUGGGAAGAAAACAGUCACAGAUGAAGAAGCUUGUUCAGUAACGGACCCGUUCAUUGGUAUGGAGUUUGAAUCAGAAGAGGUUGCAAAGUCUUUCUACGACAAUUACGCCACAUGCAUGGGUUUCGUUAUGAGAGUGGACGCUUUCAGGAGGUCAAUGCGAGACGGCACCGUCGUCUGGCGCAGGCUCGUCUGCAACAAAGAAGGCUUCCGUCGAUCUAGACCCCGGAGAAACGAGAGCAGGAAGCCUCGAGCUGUGACAAGAGAAGGCUGCAAGGCUUUAAUAGUCGUCAAAAGAGACAAAUCCGCUGGCAAAUGGAUCGUCACUAAGUUCGUGAAAGAACAUAACCAUCCUCUCUUGCCUCUACUCGCUAAUCCUCGCCGGAGUUCUCAUAUCUCUCCAACACCGGAUGAGAAAGACGCAAAGAUUCGGGAGCUGAGUGCAGAGCUAAGCAGAGAGAGAAGGCGUUGUGCUGCGUUGCAAGAGCAGCUUGAUAUGGUCCUUAAGGAGAUGGAAGAACAUUCAAAUCAUCUCUCUGUUAACAUCAAUAACGUCAUCCAAAGUGUUAGAGAGAUUGAGUCCAACACUUUCACUAAACCUCUCAGCUGA